UCGCUGUUCAAAAAUAACUCCUGCCAAAAUUUUCUCUCUUUCCAAACACAGACGACAUACAUGCACCCGCGCUGUGCGUGGGACUGAUCGUGGAAGAAGACGAAGAAGAGAAAGACCCCAGAAAUCUCUCCCACUUGGCCAGCACAGUGUGAAAAUCCCACUUUGCUACUCAGGAUUUGUGAAAAAUUUACAGCAAAAGGGUUUAGGGUUUAUACUCUAGUUGACAGCACAUUUGGGAGAAACUCAAUAUUUUCAGUCAUAUGGGUGCGUCAUCAGAUGCUAAGAAAGAUAUAGGUAUGACUCGUAAGGGUUUAGAGUCUUCAGAUGGAGAUGAUGUAGAUAUGAAUGAUCUUGAUCAUAUUGAACAAGUCAACAUACAUGACCUGGGGGAAGAUUUUUUGAAAAAGCUCUGUAGAAAUGCGUCAAUUUCAUUUUUUAAGGAGUAUGGUCUCAAUAGUCAUCAAAUCAACUCAUAUAAUGACUUCGUCAAGCACGGCCUCCAAAAGGUUUUUGAUUCUUAUGGCGAGAUGACAAUCGAGCCUACUUACGAUCCAUCAAAGAAGGGAGAUAAUGAUUGGCGUUAUGCUUCUGUGAGGUUUGGGAAGGUCACUGUUGAUCAACCAACUUUUGUUGGUGGCACUAAUUGUGAUGAAAAGAAUAUGCUCCCUAGGCAUGCCAGGCUUCAGAAUAUGACUUACGCGUCCAGGAUGAAAGUGAAUGUUCAUGUGCAGGUUAACAGAAAUAUUGUUUUAUCUUAUAAAUUUGUAUCUAUUUUGUCCUUUUGGAUUGUUCGCAUUUUUGAUCAUGGGGGCUAUUUCAUUAUUAAGGGCGCAGAAAAGGUUUUUGUUGCACAAGAGCAAAUCUGUUUGAAGAGACUGUGGGUUUCAAAUAGUCAGGGCUGGACAGUUGCAUAUAGAUCGGAAGUAAAGAGGAACAGAUUAAUCAUUAGACUCGUAGGGGUUUCUAAAAUUGAAGAUGUUAAAGGAGGAGAGAAAGUUCUUGCUGUAUACCUUUUGUCAACAGAGAUCCCUCUGUGGAUAUUGUUCUUUGCCCUUGGUGUUUCAUCAGACAGGGAAAUAAUAGGUCUGAUUGAUUAUGAUGGUGAUGAUGCCAAUAUAAUAAAUGUGCUCUUUGCUUCAAUUCAUGAUGCUGAUGAGAAAUGUGAGGGCUUCCGGAGAGGGAAGAAAGCUUUACAUUAUGUAGGCAAACUAAUAAAAGAUACUAGGUUUCCACCUGGUGACAGUAUAGAAGAGUGCCUGAGCUUGUACCUAUUUCCCACUCUCCAUGGCCUAAAACAAAAGGCUCGGUUUCUUGGUUACAUGGUGAAGUGUCUUUUAUUAGCCUAUACUGGAAAAAGAAAAUGUGAUAAUAGGGAUAAUUUUAGGAACAAGAGGCUAGAAUUGGCUGGUGAGUUGCUUGAGCGAGAGCUAAAGGUGCAUCUUGCACAUGCAAGGAAGAGCAUGACAAAGGCUUUUCAGAAGAACCUAAAUGGAGAUGAUAUAAAGCCUAUUGAACACUACUUGGAUGCGUCAAUAAUUACCAAUGGCCUUCAAAGAGCAUUCUCAACUGGGGCAUGGUCACACCCUUUCAAACGGAUGGAAAGGAUUUCCGGCGUUGUGGCUAAUCUUGGGCGAGCAAACCCCUUACAGACAAUGAUUGAUAUGAGGAAAACACGACAACAGGUUCAGUACACAGGGAAGGUGGGAGAUGCCAGAUACCCACAUCCUUCUCACUGGGGCAGAGUUUGCUUUAUUUCUACUCCUGAUGGUGAAAAUUGUGGGCUUGUGAAAAACUUGUCUGUUACAGGACUUGUUAGUACAGAGAUACGUGAACCUAUAGUUGACAAAUUGUUUGAGUGUGGAAUGGAGAGUGUGGUAAAUGAUACUUUUACUUCCCUGAAAGGAAAACAUAAAGUUUUUCUCAAUGGGGAUUGGAUUGGAGUUUGUGAAGAUUCUGCUUAUUUUGUAGCUGAGUUGAGAAGCAGAAGACGGCAGCAGGAGUUACAUCAUCAGAUGGAAAUAAAGAGAGAUGUAAAGGAAGAAGAGGUGCGAAUAUUCACUGAUGCUGGAAGGAUACUUCGUCCUCUACUAGUUGUGGAGAAUUUAAGCAAAACAAAUUUGCUCAAGGGAGAACAGUACUCUUUUGAAAGUCUUUUGGACAUGGGGAUCAUUGAGCUUGUUGGGACAGAAGAAGAAGAAGACUGUCAUACUGCAUGGAGUAUUAAAUAUCUUUUAGAGGAAGUUGAUAGAAAGCAAACUGCAAAUGAUGGGAAGCGGCCUGAAAAGCCUGAGAAGUAUACUCACUGUGAGCUGGACAUGUCUUUCUUACUAGGUUUAAGUUGUGGAAUUAUACCAUUUGCAAAUCAUGAUCAUGCAAGGAGGGUUCUCUACCAGGCUCAGAAGCAUUCUCAGCAGGCUAUUGGUUUUUCUACCACGAAUCCUAGCAUUAGAGUGGAUACCCUGUCUCACCAAUUGUUCUACCCUCAAAGGCCCCUUUUUCGGACAACGACUUCUGAUUGUCUUGGCAAAGCAGGAUAUCCUUUAGGUCAUGAUGGAAUAGUUCCAAGACCAGAAUUGUUCAAUGGCCAGAAUGCUAUUGUGGCUGUCAACGUCCACCUGGGGUACAACCAAGAGGAUUCCUUGGUGAUGAACCAAGCUUCUUUACAGCGUGGUAUGUUUCGAACUGAGCACAUUAGAAGUUACAAGGCUGAGGUUGAAAACAAGGAAUUGAUGGAUAAGAGACGGAAAUUUGAUGAUCCUGUGAAUUUUGGGAAGAUACAAAGUAAACUUGGUCGAGUUGACAGCAUUGAUGAUGAUGGUUUUCCGUUCGUUGGUGCUAACUUGCAAAGUGGUGAUAUUGUCAUUGGGAGAUGUGCUGAAUCUGGGGCUGAUCACAGUAUAAAACUGAAACAUACAGAAAAGGGCAUGGUGCAGAAAGUAGUACUGUCUUCUAAUGAUGAUGGAAAAAAUUUUGCUGUGGUAUCCCUGAGGCAGGUUCGUUCUCCUUGCCUUGGAGACAAGUUUUCUAGUAUGCAUGGGCAAAAGGGUGUUCUGGGCUUUUUGGAAUCACAAGAGAAUUUCCCUUUCACAAGGCAAGGGAUAGUUCCAGAUAUUGUGAUAAAUCCUCACGCAUUUCCUUCACGACAAACACCUGGUCAACUAUUAGAAGCUGCUCUUGGUAAGGGGAUUGGUUGGGGUGGAGUGAUGAAAUAUGCCACCCCUUUUUCUACCCUCUCGGUUGAGGCUAUCACAGAGCAGCUCCACAGGACUGGAUUUUCAAGAUGGGGAAAUGAGAGGGUAUAUAAUGGUCGAACCGGCGAAAUGGUCCAGUCCCUCAUAUUUAUGGGCCCAACAUUUUAUCAGCGCCUGGUUCACAUGGCCGAAGACAAAGUGAAAUUCCGCAACACUGGACCUGUCCACCCCCUCACACGACAGCCAGUAGCCGACCGGAAGCGAUUUGGUGGGGUCAAGUUUGGCGAGAUGGAGCGAGAUUGCCUCAUAGCUCAUGGUGCAUCAGCAAAUUUGCACGAACGUCUUUUCACGCUCAGUGAUUCCUCUCAAAUGCAUGUUUGCCAAAAGUGCGAAAAUGUUGCUAAUGUGAUCCAGAGGGCAGUUCCUGGUGGCCGCAAAGUAAGAGGUCCAUAUUGUCAUAUCUGCGAAACUGUGGAUCAUAUUGUUAGGGUUAAUGUCCCAUAUGGAGCCAAAUUAUUGUGCCAGGAACUUUUCAGCAUGGGUAUCAGUUUGAAAUUUGAAACCCGACUCUGUUGAGUUCCUGGUGUCACUAGAAACCAUCUACUGUCACAUAACUGUUAAAAGAACUUGUUUUAUUUUGUUGCCUGCUGGUUGUAAAGUUCAGAGUUAUUCAUGCUGAUUAGAUCAGGAUUUGUUUUUCACUUGAGCUUUUAGCACGAAGGCCAGGCUCAGGCAAUAUGUAAAUUCACCGAAGCUGAUAGAUGUUUUGUAAUCUUAAAUUGUGUUAGAAUCACAAGAUCAUUUCAGUUUAUGUUAGGUCUGGCAUUGAACCAGUCAGGAUUCUUGUGUUUAUGUAAAUAACGUUUGAUGCUUUUAACUAUUGUCCAUGCGAAAUCA